GAUUUUAAUACCUGAGUUAAGUAAUUGAUUGUUGUGACAUUGUCCUUGGGUUUAAUCGUGUUCUUGAUUCACCGAUGGCUACUACUGGAACUUCAAAUAGUCUACCACACUUGCAAAUAACCUCUGUGAAGUUGGAUGGAACUAAUUACCCAUCUUGGUCCACUGCUGUUGAAGUUUAUCUUACUUCCACUGAACAAAGUGAUUAUCUUAAAUCUACGGCCCCUUUAGAUCAAAGUAAGGUACCCGAUUGGCUUGCUAGAGAUGCAAUGAUCCGUACCCAUUUAUGGAAUAAUAUGAAUCCUAAUAUUAGUCCUCAUUUCAUUCAGUGCAAAUCUGCUAAGGAAGUCUAGGAAAUACUUUAUUAUGGAGAGAAUGACAUGACACGAGUGUGUGACACUUGGGAGGCCCUAUUUGAUCUUCACCGUGGGAAUCAAUUUUUAUCCGAGCAUUACGCUCGUUUCAUGACGCUUUGCGGGCAAUUGGAUACUUACCUUCCAACUUGGAAUGAUUCGACUAUCCUCAUCAAACGACAAGAGCAUCUUCGAGUUAUACUAUAUCUCAAGGCAUUAGGGCUCGAAUAUUCCCCACUUCGCCCGCAGAUUACCUCUCGUAGUUCCCUUCCUACGGUGGAUGAGAUUUUCUCUCGAGCUCUUCGGUCGACCCCCGCUGAAAAGAUCUCUACCCCAUCUAUGGAGGUAAGUGCUACGAUUUCUCAUGGCACUAAUGCGUGUGGAGCUCGUGGUCGUGGUUACGGGGGUCGUGGCCGUGGUUUUGCUCAGAGUGGAGGUCGUGAUAGAGGCAUUGGUGCUCGUAGUGCCUCUAUCUUUGGUGGUGGUCAUGGUUCCCGCUACCGUAAUCAUUGUCAAAGAACUGGACAUACAGAGGCUUAUUGUUAUAUACUUCAUCCGGAACUCCAACCUACUUUUACAGCUUAUGCAGAGGUGAAACAGACUCCACAAGACUCUACUUUUACCCCCCACCGGACUCCACCAGACUCUACCGAUGUGCAAAACACGAGUGGUUCAAUUACAUUGACAGUUUCUGAGUAUGAUGCAUGGGUUCGCUCCCAACCGGUAACAGGUCCUUCAGCUCCUACCGCAACUCUAGCACAAACAUCAAAAGGUAGUUCAUCUUGUUUACUCUCGGCAGCGUCCGACUCUUGGGUCAUAGACUCUAGAGCUACUUAUCAUAUGACUGGAUCCGAGGAAUGAACAGAUGAUUGGUGGGGGACAUGAAUCCCAUGGUCUGUAUUACCUUGACAAGAAGGUGCUAGCUGUUGUAGUUGUGAAAUGCACAUACUCUGAUGUGUUUAGGAUGCAUUGUCGUGCUGGUCAUUCGCCACCAAACACCCUUCAACGUUUAUUUCCCGAGUCCGAGUCCGUUAGUUCUUUUCAGUAUUAGACUUGUCGGUUUAGUAAACAUCAUAGGGUUUCUUUUCCUUCUCGUAUUCGUAGUCGAGUAUCAAGUCCAUUUGAGUUGGUUCACUCCAAUGUUUGGGAUCCGUGUCGUGUUUCUGAUAUUUCUGAUUUCAGAUAUUUUGUUACAUUCAUGGAUGAUUUUUCCCGAAUGACUUGGUUAUUCUUAAUAAAAGAUCGUCUUGAGAUUUUUCA